AUGGGCCAGGUGGUGGAGAUAUUGUGGUUUAAACAAUGGAGGGUUCUAUGGGACGAUAAUACCGUAUUAGUAUUAUCGUCCCAAAGUCCCGGUCAGCGCAAGGAGUGGUUAGAUGUGGAUGAAAUCAUGCAUGCUGGCUCUCUACCAAACAUAUUCAAUGCUAUCUAA